AUGAGAUGCUGCCGCAAGGCAGAAGUGUCACCGCAGCAGGUGGCACCGGAGGCAGGAGAGGCUGCAGAUGCAGAAGCACCUGAGACCAUGGCUGAGCCGACAGCAGCUGCAGCUGCAAAACCUAAUGCUGCUGAAGAUGCAGCGGAAGCUGCAGAUGCGACAGCCGAGUGCAGGAGCCUGGAGAUCAUGUCUGCCACCACUGGUGCGUUGCUGGUGACCCUGACCCUGCCGGUCAACAGCGUCGUGAAAGAUGUGAAAGGCCAAUUGGAAGUGGCACUCGGCAUCAAGCCAGAAUUUCAGCAGCUGCUGGCCAACGAAGAGUUGCUCUCUGAGGAUCAACCACAAGGCGCCGGGCCGCUAGCGCUGGUGCGCCUGGUGCCGCAAUAUAACGAGGUGACGAGCCACGAUGAUGUACCGCUGGAAGACACUGAACAUGCCGAUCGCCCAAAUGUGGCCUCAAUGCAGAAUGACCUGGCUCAGGCCUUGGGCGCAGCUGGGGAGAUGCUGGUCGAAGGUGACGUGAGCUCCUACCAGGUGCAUCUGGAAGUCGUAAUCCCGGAGAACGGCGAGCAGGCGCAACUCUUUUGGACUGAAAUUACCACUGGAAUGGGCCUUUGCACACUUUUCAGCUGCUACGUCGAGCCAGGAGCCAAAGUGCUCCUUGCUCUAGAAGAGACCUCCGGCGCGCCUGCCUUGCCGACGGAGAAGGUUUGGGUGCCGGUGAUCUUUCCCCAAGGACCCAAAUGCAAAUUCAGGUUCACCUUUGGAGCCGGACAGCCGCCUCGUGGCUUCCUGUCCCUAAAGAAUUUGAAGCCACUACCCAAAGAGGACUGGACCUGGCAAAGUGUCACCGCGCCCGCCUUCUACCGCUUGUACUCCUAG